AUGCCACCAUUAAUAAACGAUCAUCAAGUCAAUUAUUCUAGUGAAAAAAAUUAUGAAAAUCGUGUUCAAAAAUAUGCGACAAAUAUUGUCUGGAAAAAUGUUAUACUAUUGACUUCCAUACAUAUCGGUGCUCUAUAUGGCGCCUACCUAAUGAUCGUGUCGGCUAAAUAUCAGACAGUGAUUGCCUGGUAUUGGUUUUGCCUAAUUUCAGGUAUGGGUAUAACGGCGGGCGCCCACCGACUAUGGGCUCAUCGAUCAUAUAAAGCUAACUUUCCUUUACGACUACUAUUGGCUUUCCUGAACACAAUGGCCGUCCAGAACGACCUGUACGACUGGUGCCGCGACCAUCGGGUUCAUCAUCGGUUCUCGGAAACGGAUGCCGACCCCCAUAAUGCCAAUCGGGGGUUCUUUUUCGCCCACAUGGGUUGGCUAUUGUGUCGCAAACAUCCCGACGUACUAAGCCGUGGCCAGUCGGUCGACCUCAACGAUCUGUUAGCCGAUCCGAUCGUACGUUUUCAACGACGAAACUAUCGCUGGCUUGUCCUGUGGAUAGCCGUCAUCAUACCGACUGUCCUACCCGUCCUAUUCUGGAGGGAAACCAUUGCCAACGCUUUUUUCGUAUGCGUUAUAUUCCGAUACUGUUAUAUACUUAACAGCACAUGGCUGGUCAACAGUGCAGCCCAUAUGUGGGGUCAAAAACCAUACGAUAUAACAAUAAAUCCAAGAGAAAAUAGUUUUGUAACAUUUCAAUCAUAUGGAGAGGGAUAUCACAAUUAUCACCAUACGUUUCCCUGGGAUUAUUCAGCAUCGGAGCUAAGCUGGAAGUAUAGCUGGAAUUUUACUACACUUUUUAUCGACAGUUUUGCCCGAAUCGGUUGGGCCUACGAUCGUAAACGUGUGUCCCGUUAUAUGCUGGCCGCCCGGUGCCGGCGUACCGGUGACGGCCAUCCACUCAGUGACAGCUAUAGACAAAUUCAUCCGUUCAGGCUAUUCGUCUACCGGUGCAUAUCGUUAUCACUGAGGAGAGAAGCGGAACUGUAUGGUUACGCACAGUUAACCCCACCUAACAAACAUCAACAACAACAACAACGACAGGCCAUACCUACUCCUCAUAAAUCGGCCGGUAAUUCAUAUCAGAAUCUAAUCGACAAUUUAAGGCUAUCGGAGGCCAUACACCAACAGCAGCACUCGCACGGCGGUCGUGUACCUCAGUAUCUAUACGGACCACAUAGUGGACUACCAUUAUUGCCUACCGGUGUCGACGAUGGGGAGAUGUCGUCAUCGUCGGGUGUUAUCAAAAAAUAUCUGAAAAAAUACGAUAUGAAAAAGUAUUUUUUGAAAAAGAUUUUAGGCGAUUCCUAUGAGUCUGAACACAACAACAACAACAACGAUGAGGACGACGACGGCUUCUUUGGCAAUCAACACCUCCGACGUCACGGAGCCGCCGGUAUGGCCGCCAAAGUUUUCGGCGAACUAAUCGGUCUGAAAGUACGUAAAAGUAUCGACAAAUUUGGCGAAACGGUUAGCGAUUACGCAAAAGAUAUGACGGCCAGUGGUUUUGUAUCGAUUGGCAAUACUUUUAAUAAAUUGUUUAGAUUUAGUUAA